UCACUUACAUUUUGGUGUCUGUUUCUUAAGAAAGAACUCAAUAAAUAACGGUAGUUGUCCUUAGAUGUCUGUUACAUUACGUAGCAGUUAAUACCAUGUUUUCAUUUGUGAAAUUUUAGGAAUAUUAUCCACAUUACAAUGAAAGAAUCGCUAGCUUCAUCAAUACAAACGGAGAACUUUUAUUUCCUUCAUUGGAGUUGUCAAGACGCAGCCAUGUGGAUUGAGUCUUUGGGAUUUCCACAGUACAAAAAAUGCUUUACUGAGAACUUCAUCUCUGGGAGGAAACUCAUUCACGUGAACUGCAGCAACUUGCCAAAACUUGGGAUCACUGAUUUUAACCACAUGAAGGUGAUCUGCGGUCAUGUGCGGGAGCUGUUGGGGAUCACAGAGACCCCGUGGUCCCAGAGCAUAGUUGACCCUCCACAGGACGUCAGGGCCCUGUACCUGGAGCAGAAGAGUCCGACCGGAGCCAAGGCCGACAGACUCACAUACCAACAGUUCACCAGCAGUCUGCAACACUGAGAGGAGGGGCUGAUGUGAGAGAGGAAGGAUAUAAACAGGUUUAAAUGAAUCUGUGGGGUUCUGUCUGAUACAUGGCUUCUGACUGUUUUCAAGGAAUUAUUAAUAUGUAAAACUUUAGGGGGCAGGAGUGCUACUUGGACGUGUAGAGAUCUAAAAUACAAAGUUGAAAAAGCUGAGGCACUCAACAAGAAUUAAAUAAUUAAAUGGUAAUAAAAAGCUUGUGAUGAUUUUAUACCUUAGAAUUAUUCAUAUAUAUUAUUGUAUACUGUUUUUUUUAUUUAAAGGUGAAGUAUGUAACUUUUAUGGUGGAGCAGGUGUUUAUGAUGUUAUCUGUCCAAGAAGUUACUGCUUUGACUAGAACAGGGGUGUCAAACUCAAAUUCACAGAGGCCAAAAUUAAAAACUGGGUUGAAGUCGUGGGUCAAACUAAAUAUUUAUUGCAAAAUUUCAACAACAUGUUCUACAUGUUUUCACUUCUUUCGAGAUAUGUAAUGUUAAACCUUUUCUUAUUUAAAUAAAUGUCUAAUAAUAAUUUUGCUUAAGCAUUGAAUCCAGAACAUGCAUAAUACAAAAUAAUAACACAAUUUUAAAUAAAUAAUGUUUCUAUAGCCUAUCUGUAGCCGGCGGGCAGCUCUAAUACAUAUUUGAUAUGAUCUCGUGAGCCAAAUAUAAUUAUAUCAAUGGCCAAAUUUGCCAUGUCUGGACUAGAAUGUUCCAUGGCAUUAACUUCAAUUUCCAUGGAAACAUACAGGCUAAGUUACAGGUCAGAUCAGUGCUGUAGAAAAUGUUUUUAAGGUAUUUUUGAGCAAUAAAAACACCUGGAUUUGAAAAACAACAAGAUGAAUACAUUUCAUUUUAACAUGUGGAACAUCCCAGGCAAAGCAAUAACAUCUUCAUGUCCUGGCUUUAAUAAUAAAUGCUAAAAACUAAAGAUUAUAAUGCUUUGACAGAUGGUUUACUUUACAAUUUACUCCCCACACUAGUGGCAAGCUACUUCCAAUUGUCUUUAAAUUAAAAUUAUCACCCCUCUCUCUGUAACUGCUGCAGUAAGCCUCAUCAUUUUGGUCUUAAAAUGUUCGAAUUAAUCUGCUCUACAUGAUCCUGGGGUUUUUAUUUUGCUAUUUUGCAUGCAAUAAAUUUCUAUUCCUAA